AGCUGCGGGACAUGGGGCAAAUACUGCGAACGAGCGCACACCGGACUCGACUUUACCAAGGAAGGCACUGGAAGAUGGAAACGUCUUUGCUGUGCACUGAUGUCGUCGGAAAAGAAAGGAAAACAGGCAUUCAGCCAUAGCUGAGUCUCUCCAAAACUGCUUAGCCCAACAGCCCCACUUACUCCUUCAUGUUCUGGCAUCCAUCAUGGUGUAUGGGCAGGUCCUGCACCGCCAAGGCCCCGAGGACAGCUUCAUCAACCUCAACGUCGGUGGCUUUAAGCAGCAAGUGGAACGAGUGGUCCUCCAACGCUUCCCCCACACGCGACUCGCCCAACUUCUCUACUGCAGUUCAGAGGCUGCUAUUCUCCAGCUUUGUGACGACUAUGCAGCUGCUGAACGUGAGUAUUAUUUUGACCGAAACCCAUGGUUUUUCCGCUAUGUGCUGAAUUUCUACCAUACCGGAAAGAUCCACCUGAUGGAAGAGCUGUGCGUGUUUAGCUUCAGCCAGGAGCUGGAGUACUGGGGCAUCAAGGAGCUUCACCUGGACACUUGCUGCAGCAACAGGUUUCAAGAACAGAAAGAGUAUGCAGGAGAUCACGACUGGGAAAACGAGGAUGACCCACAAAACCAGCUGCAAGACAGCUUAGAUUCAUCUAUGGAGGAACUAUCUGCGUUUGACAAAGACCUUGAAAAGUUUGAGGGCACCUGGUGCUCCGAGAAGCGUAAGGAACUCUGGCUGCGACUGGAAAACCCGGGAUACUCGUGCUCUGCGAAAGUAACGGCAGUGUUUUCGCUGAGUGUGGUACUGAUGAGUAUCAUAGCCAUGUGCGUUCACAGCAUGCCUGAGUUCCACCAGGUGGACAUUAAUGACAAAGAAGUAGAGAACCUCGUGUUGAAAAAUUUCGAGACCUUUUGCGUCCUCUGGUUCUCUUUUGAGUUCAUCCUACGAUUAGCAGUCACACCAUGUUUGUGCAAAUUCCUGAGCAAUGCGCUAAACAUCAUUGAUUUCGCCUCUAUUAUUCCAUUUUAUGCCACUUUGGCAUUUGAAACUGUGGAUGCUGAGGAAAGCGAGGAGCUUGUGAACGUGGGAAGGGUCGUGCAAAUCCUGCGCCUCAUGCGUAUCUUUCGCAUCCUCAAACUGGCACGGCAUUCGGUUGGGCUGCGUUCGCUUGGUGCGACUCUCCGUCACAGCUACCAUGAGGUCGGACUCCUCAUCCUCUUCCUUUCCGUCGGAAUCUCCAUUUUCUCAGCACUCAUCUAUUUUGUGGAGAGAGAGAACGCUGAGUCAGAACUGCAGACCAUACCGGUGGGCUGGUGGUGGGCGACGAUCACCAUGACCACGGUGGGAUACGGCGACACGUAUCCCGUCACGCUGGCUGGGAAACUAAUCGCCACCUUAUGCAUCAUUUGUGGCCUGCUUGUAGUCGCCCUUCCGAUCUCUAUUAUCUUCAACAAGUUCUCCAAGUACUACCAGAGACAGAAAGCCCUGGUGGAGUCCGACCAGCUCCAUCAGGAAGACGAAAAACUGCCAAAUCUCAGCAUGCCUUUACUUUACAUAGGAGACCUCUACGGACAAAAGAUGAAUACUCUGGUGUGCAGUGAGUCCUCAGUAGGGAGCGCAGGCAGCGAGGGAGAUGUCACUGAUGCUUCCAGCAUUCAGGAUGUUGAAAUUGACUGCCCUACUCGAAUGCCUCAGGCCCACAAAGCCACAUAGAUCAGGGCACCUCAAAUCCAGUCCUGGAGGGCCACUGCCCUGCAGAGUUUAGCUCCAACCUUGAUUAAACUUACUUACCUGUGAUUUUCUAUGGAUCUUGAAGACCUUGAUGAGCUUUCUCAGUAGUAUUUGAUCAGGUUUGCAGCUAAACUAUGCACGGCAUUGGCCCCUCCAGGGCAAGAUUUGAGGAACCCUGGCACAAAAGCUAAUAUGCACAACCUUAUACCUCGAUUAGGGAUCUGAAGAAACAAAAAUAAACUUCCUUGCUUAGAUCUGCAGAACAUGUUGAGGAAACACUAGAGGACCCUAUGACUCAAAGCGCUCAUUCCUUACUGAAUGAAUCCUGGACCUUUAGUUCUCAGGGUGAAAAUGUCUCAAGCUUUCUAUUAUUUAUGGAUCAGAACCUUUUAUGGAAACUAAUCCAAACAACAGGUUAGCAUUAAUGCUGAUGCUUUAUACCCAAUUAAAAGCACUGACAUGACUGUUUUUUUUUUUUAAUCCUUUGGACAAGCUGUUUAUUUAAUUACAAGUCUUUCUGCAGGACCCGUGGGAAAAGAACUAUGCUUAAAUGUUUUAUAGGCAAUGACAGCAUCUAAAAUGCUGGACUUCAGAAGGCAUGUUAGUGUACACCAUCCUCCCUAAUGUGUCCAUCAGAGAGGGAAGGAUGGAAAGAGUGCAUGCAUAUUUCAACAAGAGAGAGGAGAGGCCUCAAGAGAUAGGAGAGAAAAAAGCA